AUGGUGCUGCUCCGGCUGACCGUCAAGGUCGUCCCUCGUACGCUCGAAGGCGAGGAGAAGAGCGACAGUGGCUCAAAAUGCACCAGCUUCCUCAUGGUCAUCCGCCGGCCAGAGCAGAUGAGCCUGGGAGAAUUGGCAUGGAAGGUCUCAGAGCAGUGGAAGAAGCUCCGGCCAGAGGCUGAGCCGCUAAAGAUAAAAAAGCUGCUGGAUGAUAACCAUGAUACGGACGAGUUAGACGCGGAUCUGACUGUGUCAGACGUGUUUAUCGACUAUGGAAAGGCAUAUGCAGACGGAUUGGACCAACGCGGUGUCCUGCGGGUUCUUCAACAGCCUACGAGCACUCGAUCAACCCGCUACGGCUCUGUCGCCCAGGACUGGGAUGCCAUCACAAGUCACUACUCUAAGGCGGCCGGUAGGAGCUCGAAACGACCGCGCGUACCAUUCUCAGCAGCCAAUGGACUCAAUUCGAACUCGCCUGUUAAGCCUCAUGCUGAUAUAGUCAAUAGCGACAUCACUCAUUUUGAGGUGGCUGAGUCAGUCCAUCCGUUAUACUCCAUUGAAGAAGAAACAGCCGGAACGGAGACAUGUCGACAUAUGGAGCCAUCUCCGGCUCUGAGUGAACGGGAGCAGACGCAGGAGACUACCGAUACUACCGCUUCGAAGCUACGGUCUUCUCCCUUGGACGACUUCCCCUGUUCGGCCGCACGAUUAUCCAUUGACGAGCUGGCAGACCAACCCUCAUCUACCACCAAACAAGGACCUUCAAAACGUGCAAAACGACAAAAGAUUACGGAUACGCCAGCUUCAGAACCAGACGAUGUUGAGAUGGCUGAUAUCCAGACCGGUAUGCGUACUGAGAAGGCAAACGCGGAACAGAGCAACGCCACUGCAGGACCGAGUUCUAAAGAAGCCAUGAUGGCGAAACCCGCAGUUAUUGAUUUGACAGGUACACCAUCUACAAAAACGAACAGUAAGAAAUCACAUCAGAUAGGUUUAGGCAUUACCGCCAGCCCCCCUAAGAAGCGCACAAUUGACAAAUUAGAUGCCCAAGAAGACAAUGCCGAUACAAUCCUAACCUCCAAGAGACCAAGCCGUCUCAACCGCCCCCGUUCAUCCGGCGUACAUCAACAGCUCACCGAUAAACUGCGCAGCAUACCCUUUGCGCCGGCCUCUGCAAAGCAAGCCAAAAAUGUCAGACAGAUCCAAAACGCUACAUCCACUGGAAAAGCGAAAAAUGGUGCCAAAAAUUGGACUGACGAAUUGAACCGUCUGCUGUUCGAAUAUAACUAUGAGCAACUGACCAUAGAUCUAGAAUACGCCAUUCAGGCCGCAGAGGCCGCCGAUGCCUCUCAACAGCAUAUACCAAUAAUGAAUAAACUACUUGAAGAUACUCGGUCUAUAUGGAAAGGAGAUCCUAGGGGGGGCAAGAAAAAUACACGCAGACGAAUGAAUCGGGCAAUGGAUAAACUCAUUGUCCUUCAAGAACCCAAACUGGCCCGGGAAGAGCCCGAGAAGAUUGACGAAGAUGAGGACAUAAGUAUGAUUUAUGGUUACCCCAAGUCAUCGUCUGUUGAACCGAGGUCCAGUGAUGGGGAUGAAGUUCAAUCUAAGCAAUCCCCUUCUGAGAGUGAGCAUGAGGAAGCAAUGGACGAAGAACCCACGGUAGUAUUAGACAAAGACAAGAAGGAUGAGGAACGAUAUAGAGAAGCAAGAGGAGGAGGAGAAGACCAGGAGACGGGUGAUAAUGAAGACGAAUCGGAGGGAGAGAACGAAGACGAAAAAAAUGAAGAGGAUCCUACGAUUCAAGCACGCAUGUCUCCUUCUCUCUCCGAUGCUGCCAAUGAAAGGCCGUCCACCACAGGAUCUCUAAGGUCUUCUAAGAAGGCAGUCCGCUCUGAAUCGCCAUCGAUCUACUCUAUGGCCCUUUCUAACUCUGAAGCCCCUGAGCCUCAGUCUGAAGGCUCAGAGAGUAGCAGUGAGAGUGCAAGCGAAGCUGAAGAGCAAGAAACCACACCCCAACCUAAGGCGAGUACAGGGGAAGCAUCUCGCCAGUCAUCGCUCGUCACUUCACAGUCUCAUGAAUUAGAGUCUGCUGACUCUGAAUCGAGAGCUACAACACCAGAGAAAAAUACAGACACUAAACCCACGGAGGCUGAGAGAGAAGAGGGAGGGUCUAGUAGUUCAGAGUCAGAGGAAGAGGAGGAGGAGGAGGAAGAAGAAGAAGAAAAAGAAGAUAAUGACGAUGGUGUCGAGAAAACUGCCAACGCCAAAGUCAGCUCACAGAGGUCAGAUUCUAGCUCUAGUGAGGAGUCCUCAGCAGACGAGGAAGAUGCUCCAUCCAAGACUAAUACGUCGGAAAAGCCGACUGUGAAGAAACAAGUCACUGUCUUUGAAGACUUAGACUCCGAUUCUGACUCCUCUUCCGCCUCAGAGGGAUCAGACAUUUAUUAUCGCAAGCCAGGCUCUGAUGGUGAACAGGUGGUGCAGCAAGCCGCUGCCUCCUGCCAACAACACACGCCGUCAGAAAUUCCACCCCCAAAAAAGAUACAUAUCUUGAAGCGAUCUCAAACUCCGCUGCAUAAACCUCUCCGUACGUCUUCGACGGGGCCAGCCUCGACAUCCAGCAAGGUAAACCCAGCUAGCUCUCCUAUCGCGGAAGAUAAAUCCUCCAAACCAGCCUUUAUCACAUUCUCUCAGCCGGUACCUACUUCAAACGGGGCCUCCCCGGGACAAGCGAACGGCACCAACCCUCAGUCAACUCCGAACGGGUCAACCAUAGGGCGCUCCCUCGGGCUUAAAGGCCUCCUCUCAAAACAGCUUGGGAAGAGCAUGUUUGGUGGCUUUUAG